CCGAGAAGUAUACUAGCAUCUUUCUUUUCCACUCUAUAUAGUACCGCUACACCGAAUUUACUCAACAAUUAAGUGAAUGCCGAAAAUGGAGGAGAGAAAUCCUCACUGCCUUAUCCUCCCAUAUCCACGGCAAGGCCACAUAAACCCAAUGCUCCAAUUCGCCAAACGCCUCAAACACAAAGGGAUUGCAAUCACGCUAAUCAUCACCACUCACCUCGCCAAAACCACCCAGUUGUCGCCUAGCGCCGCCGAUGUCUCCCUCGCCACCAUCUCCGACGGGUUCGACGGCGGAGUCCCGCCCGACACGCCGCCGGAUGUCAUUCUGUCCCGAUUCGAAGAGCACGGGCGGCCGACCCUGAAGGAGGCCAUCCGGGCCCUGGAGGGCUCGGGCCGGCCCGUGGACUGCGUGGUGUACGACGCGUUCGUGCCGUGGGGCCUGGAGGUGGCCAAGGAAAUGGGGCUUGCGGCGGCGGCGUUCUUCACGCAGUCGUGCGCAGUGGACCAGAUUUACCAACUCGUCCACAAAGGGGAUCUGAGGGUCCCGCUCGUGGAGGAGGAAGAGAUUUGGGUUCCCGGGUUGCCCCCGCUGGAGCCCCGGGACAUGCCAUCUUUCAUAUCGGUUUACGGGUCGUACCCGAGCGUUUUCGAGAUGGUUGUCCAUCAAUUUAAGGGUCUCGAGAGAGCCGACUGGCAAUUUUACAACACCUUCUACAAGCUGGAGGAGGAGGUUAUCAAUUACAUGGCAAAAUUUUCACCGGUAAAGGCAAUCGGCCCAAGUAUACCAUCAAUGUACCUGGACAAGAAGCUGUUAGAUGACACAGACUACGGUCUCAGUGUCUGCAAACCCGUGAGAGAAGCUUGUAUGGACUGGCUAAACAAAAGACAACCCGCAUCUGUGAUAUAUGUGUCUUUUGGAAGCAUGGCCGUGCUUGAUGAAAAACAAACAAAAGAACUAGCAUGGGGUCUGAAAUUGAGCAACAAGCACUUCUUAUGGGUAGUUAGAUCUUCCGAACAAACAAAACUCCCACAAGAAAUUACACAAGACAUGUUAGGGAAAGGAUUAAUCGUGUCAUGGUGCUCCCAACUAGAUGUUCUAUCUCACGCGGCCAUAUGUUGUUUUCUGACACACUGUGGGUGGAAUUCGACAUUAGAGGCGCUAAGCCUUGGUGUCCCAAUGGUGGCAAUGCCACAAUGGACUGACCAAAGCACGAACUCUAAAUUUGUGAUGGACGUGUGGAAAAUGGGCAUUAGGGCCAUAGGUGAUGAUAAUGGGCUUGUUGGUCGAGAGACAAUUGCUAGUAGCAUAAGGGAAGUAUUGGAAGGGGAUAGGAAGGAGGAAAUAAAGAAAAAUGCUAUCAAGUGGAAGGAAUUGGCUAGGGAAGCUAUGGAUGAAGGUGGAAGUUCGGAUAAAAACAUAGAUGAGUUUGUGACAAGUCUUAAGUUCUAAUUCCUAGUCUCUCAUGGUUUCGAAGAAAAUUUGAAGAAUCGAAUCACGAGUUCACAGAUAGCUUGGUGGAAGAAAGUGUAUGGUGGUAAUGUUUAACUAGACUUCUCAUCAAAGUCUUUAUAUCUGUUGAUAUCGAUCUUUCUUUCGGUUAAUAUGCAUCUUAACUUAGGGAAAUCAAGAGUUGCUAAUUUUUUUAGUUUAGAAAAAUUAGAAAUAACUAUUUUAUAAUUAUUGUUAAAUUUGUUGCGUUUACUUACUUUAUGUUAUUUACUACCAUUAAAAUGUUGUAUUUUAAAAAAACAAUAUAAAC